AUGGUUGAACUUCAGUUUAAUUGUAAAAUUAAAGGUGUUCAGAGUGAUGGGGGGGAUGUUCUUUUUCAUGAAUCUAAAUUUCCUUACUCCACAUUGUUUCCCUCUUCUUCUUCCAACAGCACUGCAUCUUCCUCUCCCACUUCUUCCUCCUGGUUUAUGCCAGCAGUUUCAUCAUCUCCUUUUCCUCUUCAUCAUAUCGACCCUACUCCCUCUCCGUAUCUUCCUUCUACACCUCCUGCCAAUUCUACUGCUGACUCUAGUUCUUCUCACAGUCCAUCAAAUCCUCUUGUGACUCCUGACUUAUCUAGCUCCCCUACAACACCCUCAUUCACUUCAAAUAUUUCCCCUGGUCUUAUUCUUUCAGAUUUAGCUGAAGCCAGUACUAUAUCAACUCCAUCCUCCCCUGACACCACAUCUACUACUAAGUCUACUUCUGUUCCUCCUAACCCAUCCCAAUCUGUAAUUAAUCCUCAUAAUGUACAUGCCAUGCAAACUAGAGCCAAGAGCGUUAUCACUCAACCUAGACUUAAUCCUACACUUUUGCUCACUCACGUGGAGCCUACUUCAAUUGGUCAGGCCUUGGCUGCUCCCCAUUGGUUUAAGGCUAUGAAAUAA